AGCUCCAAAAAUCUACAGGAGUCAGUACACAAUAGCAAUAAUUGCCAAUAUUGAGGCAACGACGACAACACUGCACUCAUUAUGAUUCUGCGGCCCGCAUUUGUUUCAUUUUUCCUGCUGUACGCCUAUCAUUGCCUCGCCCAGUCGACAAAUGAACUCGACGCAGCACUGCCCGAACCCCGUGCUUACAUACCUGAUUCACAGUAUUUGGAUUUUGUUUAUCAUGAUCACGAUGAAUUGACAAGAUUUCUAAGAGCCACCAGCGCACGCUACCCAAAUUUGACAGCGCUAUACUCAAUUGGAAAAUCAAUACAAGGACGCGAUCUCUGGGUUAUGGUAGUGUCAUCCUCACCCUACGAGCAUAUGGUUGGUAAGCCAGAUGUCAAAUAUGUAGGCAACAUACAUGGCAAUGAGCCAGUGGGUCGUGAGCUGCUACUUCAUCUUAUACAAUAUUUCGUGACUAGUUACAAUACCGAUCAGUAUGUCAAGUGGUUAUUGGACAAUACACGCAUACACAUUAUGCCGUCGAUGAACCCAGAUGGAUAUGCGGUGUCCAAGGAAGGCGCCUGUGAUGGCGGGCAGGGCAGAUAUAAUGCACGUGGCUUCGAUUUAAAUCGUAAUUUCCCAGACUACUUUAAGCAGAAUAACAAGCGUGGGCAGCCCGAAACAGACUCCGUCAAGGAUUGGAUAUCAAAAAUACAAUUCGUGUUGAGUGGCAGUUUGCAUGGGGGCGCUUUGGUAGCCAGUUAUCCGUAUGAUAAUACGCCAAACUCUAUGUUUCAAACUUACUCGGCGGCACCUUCACUCACGCCCGACGAUGACGUCUUCAAGCAUUUGUCGCUUGUCUACGCUAAGAAUCAUGCGAAGAUGUCACGCGGUGUAGCUUGUAAAUCGGCGACGCCCGCCUUCGAGAAUGGCAUCACAAAUGGCGCUGCGUGGUAUCCACUCACCGGUGGCAUGCAGGAUUACAAUUACGUGUGGUAUGGUUGCAUGGAGGUGACGCUGGAAAUUUCAUGCUGCAAAUAUCCACCUGCCUAUGAAUUGAAGAAGUACUGGGAGGAUAAUCAGCUGUCCAUGAUCAAAUUUUUGGCCGAAGCGCAUCGUGGCGUACAGGGUUUCGUGUUGGACCCCACUGGCACGCCUAUUGAACGUGCUUCGCUAAAGAUCAAGGGACGUGAUGUCGGUUUUCAAACGACGAAACAUGGCGAGUUCUGGAGAAUUCUGCUGCCCGGAUACUAUAAGUUGGAGGUAUUCGGCGAGGGCUAUGCUCCACGUGAGGUGGAAUUCAUUGUUGUCGAACAACAUCCAACACUGUUAAACGUCACAUUGACGCCAUCGAAGCUGCUUGUCACACCAACGACAAUUGCCACCACCACCACAACAAGUAAAAUAGCCACAAUUAAGAGCAAUGGCAGGAAUGGGAAUGAUAGAAUAAUUUUCCCUAGUAAUUAGUUAGUUUGGAAUUAAUAGCAAAGAAUUAAUAAAUUUAAAAUAAUAAGUAAAUAGCAAAAAGGGAUACUUAUUUUAUGUCGAGUGAUUAUCAUUGUAAAUAAAUAUUUUUAAAUUUAGGAAAACAUAUUUGCUUGCGACCAAAUCUAUUCACGUAGUCCCGGUUUAUGUUUUUAGUAAUCAUUUUCUAAUAAUAAAAAUUGCAAUAAAACCAACACUUACAAUUUUUUAAAACAAAAUCGUAAAUUUUCAUUGAAAUUCUAUUUAUAGUUUAAAUAUGCAAAUAUGUCUUUUAGGUAUUCAUGUAGACUUGUUUCCUGUAGUAUUUUUGUUAAUUUUAUUUUAUUGCGUUCAGUUUUUUUUUUAUUUUAAUUUAUUUUGCUUCAUUUAAGAUUGGAGAAUCAACGAGGUCCAAUAGGUACACUUUCGUUUAUUUCUGCCAAGCUGGUGAGAUCCUGAGCAGGAUCGCCACCGCUUGAAGUACCUUGUUCCGAACAGCUAGACAUUGACAUAGUAUAGAUGAAUCGAUUCCUCCGUUUCGAGGACCCAACAACUUCUGCUUUUAGAACUUUCCGGUAUACGCCACCUUUGUAGUAUUG